AUGGCAAAGUACAUUGACCAUCCGUUCAUCGCCCGUCUCGCAUUCACCAAAGAAAUUCCCAAUAAGCUGUACCUUUACUCUCCUUUCAUUAGCGGUGGACACCUAUUAAACCAUGUACAGAAAGUUCGGCAAUUUGAUGCCGCCACGAGCAGACUCUAUGCCGCCGAGAUCGUUUGCGCCUUGGAGUACCUUCAUUCUCUGGACGUGUGCUGUUGGUUCAAAGCGGGAAACAUUAUGCUUGACUCGUUGGGCCACAUCACACUAUGUGGCUUUGGACUCUUUCGACAACGUGACGGCAUGCAUGCAGACUGGAAAAGGCCAGAGUAUCCUGCACCAGAGGUACUCACAGAUGACAAGUACAGCAAGGCCGCUGAUUGGUGGACGCUCGGUGUAGUCCUAUAUGAGAUGCUGACGGGCUUGUCACCGUUCUAUAGUAACGUGUUGGGAAACAUCCGCGACAACAUCAUUUCAGAGCCGCUGCACCUUCCCAGGUCAAUGCACGCGAAUACCAAGAACAUUAUAUCUCGUCUACUUGAUCGGGGUACUGAUCAACGAUUGGGUGCCAAUGUUAACGGAGCCUCUGAGGUGAGACAGCAUGCCUUUUUCGAGAAUCUCGAUUGGCAGGAGGUAAUCGAGCGAAAGACGGAUUCCUCGUUCCGACCUGGCUAUUAUGCAGGAGCCUUUGGAUCUUAUGGCGUCGAUUAUCCCCACACUGUCGGAUUUGGACAACUUGAGGAACCUCCCACCACUAGAAUGGUCUUGGGCUUUGGUGCACAUGGUGUUUCCGAGCCUGGAAUCAACGCGAUAGAUGUAAGAACAGGAGCUAGUAUGUUUGGAAGCAUCGAAGAGAAUGCCAAUACACCUAUAGUCACGGACGAGAAUAUGAAUCUCGGCACAGUUGUACAACUACGCACGGCACUUGAAGUUGCGUUGCAGUCCAACCAGCAAGACAGAGUUGCACUCCUCCUCGGAUUGAAGAUAGAUCUCGACACACCCGUCUUCCAGCACACCAGCCAACACUCAACCAUGUUCACAUGA